AUGUUAUCACAUGCGUUUUCCACCACUCAUAAUAACAAUAACAACAACUUUGUUUCGUGUGCGAAGGUAAGAAACUGUAGCGAAAAGAACUGUACGGCUCGUUCUGAGAGUCGAGUAAGCUACAGUUUGAAUGGUGGAGUCGAGAGGGAGACGCUGAAACAAGGCGAUACGGUAAUCGGCUGUUACGAGGAUAAGGUAUCAGAAAACUGCAACAAUUCCUCCAACAAGGAACGGGUUUGCGUUGUUUUCUCCGGUAAAUAUCAAUCGGGAAGGAAGCCCAUGAGUGACGUCCCUGUACGGGGACCUGGUGAGCGUAAUCAGGCGCAGUCCGCGCGUACAGAAAGCUUGGAAUGGAGACUCUCCAACGGCAGGUCAAACAGAGAACGGCUUAUUUUUCAUAUUCCCCGUCGGCCAUACAAGUUUCGUCGUCCAAAAAGGCCGAGGCGGUGCAUGGAUGCGGAAGGGACGAAUAGCAUGUCCGAGCAGCGUGGGGUCGAGGGUG